AUGCCAACGUACAUCAUCACGGGGGCGAACAGAGGCCUGGGUCUCGAGUUCGUGCGCCAACUGUCCGCGGACAACGACAACAACACCAUCAUCGCCGCCGUCCGGAGCUUACAAGGCGAGCUGGACGACCUCAAACAACUCGCCUCUCGACCUGGCGCAGCACAGAGCAAAGUCCACAUCCUCGAAUGCGACACGGGCGACCUCGCAUCGAUCCAGGCCUUUGGCGACGCCGUCAGGGACACCCUCGCCGGAAAUCCCGUCGACUACCUCGUCAACAACGCCGGCAUCAACGCCACCCCCGAGGAGACCAGUCUGGACAUGACGGCCGAGAGUCUGCGGAGGCACAUCGACAUCAAUGUCGUGGGGCCGGCGGAGACGGUGAAGGUACUGUUGCCGUGUCUGCGCGAGGGCAGCGCGGUGAUGAACUUGAGUAGUGGGUUGGGGAGUUGUGGGAAGAAACUGUAA